GGGCGCGGCCUGGACCUGCCCACGUUCGACGCGGCGCCGCUGACUGGCGGCCUCUCACCCGACCUCACCGGCGGCCUUGGGGCAGCUGGCGGCAGCCGGGCCAAGGCCCGCGCGGGUCGCGCGAAGGCGGACGAGCCAGUGGCGCACGCGCCGCUGGUGACCUCGUCCAGGGAGAGGCUGCAGCUCUUCACCCCGCUGGCGCAGCAGGGCGCCGCCGCGAUCCGGGCGGAGACGAGGCUGAAGGAGGCGGGAGAAAAGGACCUGCUGGAGGGCGUGCUCGGCACGCUGAAGUCGUGGGUCCAGGAAUGCCUCGCUCGCGAGGAGCGGCGGAACAAGCUCUUGGCGAAGGGCAUGCUGAAGUGCCGCGUCCAAGCGACUUGGUCCGAGGGACUCCACGAGCGGAUCAGGCGCCUGGUGGCCACCUACGGCGGCAGGCUGGCCGCCGAUGGCGAGAAGGAGAACGCCCCGGCGAGGCCCGCGUGGCAGCUGGUGCGGGCCGAGAAGUGGCUCGUGGGCUUCGACGCCGCGGCCUUCGAGGCCUUCGCGCGGGCGCACCCGGAGGUGCUGGGGCCCCCGGCGGCAUGCCUCCACUCUGGCUCCGCCCCCCUGCCCCUGCGGCUUGCGGAGGCGGCUUUGGCGCCGCUGGGCCUCCGCGCGGAGGGGGGCGCGCCCGUGAUGUGGCCGCCGGCGGCAGUGGCGGCCCCGAUCCUGGAGGGCCUCAAGGCGCUGGAGGGGUCGCCCGGCCUCCACGAUGCCCUGCGGGGCACGCGCAUCGGGAAGGUGGUCAACGGCUACCGCAACAACCCCUGCAAGGAGGUCGCGCAGGCCGCGCGGGAUCUGGUGGCCUCCUGGAAGGCGGCCGUGCGGAAGUGA